ACCAUUUGAAAAAGCAGUAGAAGACAGCAGACGAGCGAGGGCAUGCAAUGGAGAGGUGGGUGAGGGUGUCUUAACAUCAGAGGGAGGAGAAAAAGUGCCCAACAAUUACAAAAUCACAGUUAAACGGACUCCCAUUAAAGUAAAUACAGCGGCGGGACGGACAUUUAACACGAGUCAGCAACAUGCCACGAAGAAGAGGUGUUGUCAAAAGCCGCCCUCCGAGGCUCACAUAUGGACAGAAGCAAACAGCUAUGAGCAGCCAAAAUUCCAUGUUUGACAUAACAAGUGGACCUCCAUCUGCAGCCUCCUUCUUGGACGCCUUGACCUUUAGAUUCAUGGCAGGUUUACAUUUUUUCAGAAGCUUUGACUCCAUCCCGGACAGUGACUUGUAUUUUGACAGCGAUGAAGAGGAGGAGCUGUUUUAUCCACACAGUGUUGCACAACAUCCUGUAGAGCCACAUCCUCGAAUACGACAACUCACUGACGAGGAAGCAGAGAAACAUGCAAAACAAGCAGCUGAAGAGCAGCGUCAACGCCAGGGUAGAAGCGCAAGGAAUAAGCGAAAGAAACUGCGCAAAAAGGAGAAGAAACGCUUGGAAAAGGAGAGCAGGAACAUUUCAGCUGAGGCGGAUGGAGAUGAGUCUCAACAGGCUGUCCAUCAAAUCGGUGCACAAGCUCAAGAAACUCCUCCUGAGGCCAAGAAGGAAAGACAAGUGACCUCUAGUGACGAUGACAGUGAUGAACAGGAAGAAGAAACUACUGAGAUAGCUGCUGAGGAAGAAACCCAGCAGGAGGAAAAGGGAGUCAGUGUAGAUAUUUCAGGUGAAAUUAUUUCAGGAGCAAUUUCAGCAGAGUCAGUGGAGACACCUGAUGCUCCAAAGAAGGAAGACAAACAUGGAAGUGAUGAAGAGCAGAACAGAACAGAUCCUAUGGCAGAGGAAUACAUCCAUAAAAGUACAGAGCUUGCAGAGUUUGGCAAUCGCUGGGCUGCUGCUGGAUGCCACGAAAUGGCAGUCAGAUGCUUCACAGAGGCCAUCAAGCUGAACCCGAAGGAGCGAAAGUUGUUUGGAAAUCGCUCCUUCUGCUACGAGAAGAUGCAGCAGUAUGACAAGGCUCUGAGUGAUGCGGAAGUCGCUCUCCUCAUGGAACCAAAGUGGGUCAAAGGUCUGUUUCGUAAGGCCAAAGCGCUCCGUGGACUCAAGAGGUACAACGAAGCCUCGCGAGUCUACAAGGAGGUGUUGAAGCUGAAAGGGUCGAGUCACGAGGCCUUGCAGGAGCUGAACCAGACGCAGAUGCUGCAACUCAUGGAAAUGGGCUUCACCCAGGAGGAGAGCGCUGAGGCCUUACAAAGCCACAACACCUUAGAGGCCGCCAUUGACGCCCUGUUCAACUGCGUCAGUCACCCUGUUCUAGGAGAGGCGACAGAGGAAGGAGAGUGGAUAGUCCAGCAAGCAAGCAAGCCUAGAACGCAGCACGCCAAAGAGUCGGGGAGUAAAUUGAAAACUCAGUCUUUGCCAAAGAAGUCCGGCAAAUCGGAGGUUUUCCAGGUUUGGGUGGGCUAUCUGGCACCAACUGUCACCUACACCAUGCUCUACGAGCUCUUCAGCAGAGUGGGGCCAGUGUACAAGGUGAAGAUGCUGUUAGAUCAACAAAGUGCCUUUGUGAACUACGCCAGAGAAGAGGACUGUGUCAAAGCCGUACAGUGUAUUCACGGGAUGAUGCUGGAGGGGUCUGCUCUGGUGGUGCGAUUCGCCGUUAAGACCAACACUGAACUGGGAAUGUCCAAGGUGGAUCUCAGUGACCCGACUUCUCACUGCAGCUUGUGGAGCGUCCAUCACUGAGAAAUGGAUAAGAGGUUGUCUCUGGCAAUCAGCUGUCGCGUUCAGAUGGGGACCACCUGCAGAUUAAAAAGACCCCACUGGCAUACAGUACAAUGCAUAUGCAUGAUGACUCUUUCCUAGGACAAUGAGAGGUUGCUUGGCCACAGCCUUACAGGGGAGCUACACUUCACUAGUCAUUGCACACUACUGUUAAAAAAAGUCCAUUGACUGGUACACUUUAUGAUCUUGUUCAAGUAAUGAGUCCACCAAGUACUUCAGUUCGGUACACUGGUUAGGGUAUGCAUUUUUCCAGUGUUUCCAUUGUGAAGAGUCAACUCAAACCUUUCUGGGGGGCCACUGGUCGUCGUCGUUGUGAAUGGUCGUCGCACUUCUGUGGUCUGAUGGAGCCUAAACAGCGGAAUGGGAAGACGACAGAGGGAUGAUUUCACGCCAAGUUCCUUGUUUACAGCGUCACAUUGUGUCCUGUGAGAAGACCGUAAUGAUCCUCUUUGUUUGGAGCCUAAGGAUGAAUUUUCAGCCCACAUUCAUCAGCACUGAUGAUCCGAUUAAAGAGUUUCUAUUUAAUUAUAGAGAACGCUGGUGCGGCCCAUUUAAUGCUCAUCUUUUCUGGCUUUCUCUGAAUCAAAUAUGUUCUGCACCCGCACAUCCAUCCUUACAUGUUGACAUUCUCACAAAGGCUGCAGGCUGACGGGCGGGAUAAUAGCACUGUGUCGCCUUUGUGGGCCCUGGCAGACAAACGACAGUGUAAAGACGACUGUCUAAAGGUUGAGCUCUUGGUUGCCUUUCAUCUCCCUCAGACGUGCACACGCACAAAUGGCAAGCGCCGUCACUUGAUUUUGCUCUUUUGCCAGCGGUGUGAUGAAUUGACAAACAGCCAAUACGUCAUUAAGAAGAUGAGAGGCUUGCAAACACAAAUGGCCUGUCGAGGCACAUUGUGGUUGACGUUAGGAGUUGGGCAUGCUUCAGCAUGUAUUUCCUUUGACACUGGUGUGGCUUAAUGGGGAGGAUGAAAUAGGCGACUGGUUUGCACUGGCGUCAUUACAUCCUCCCGUCAGGUUGUAUUUCACCUCGCCAUGGACAAAUAAGUGGAGGUGUCACGCUGGGGCUGCAUGGAGAGUGUCACAGCAUUGUAAAUCCUCUCAUUGUUGCCGGGAGGUGGCUGGCUUCCAAUAACUGAUGCUCAUUCCCACACAACAUACCACACAUACAGCACGUGAAUGGAUACCCUGGGCCUUUUCCACACACAUGGCGCAAGGGCUGUCUUCCGCCAGGCAUAAUUCAUUUCCCAAAACUCCAGCAGCCAAAAAAUGUCACCAUCAAUCAGAGCGUCAUUGGCUGGGCAGUGAUUUAUGACAGGAGACACUUGUAAUAAAAUCUUAUCCCCCACAGGCCUUAUGAAACUGCAGGCUUCCUGUACUUAAGGAAUCUGCUUCCUUUUAAUGCAGAUAAUCACAAGUGGAAUAUCCGUCAAAGAGUUGUCACACAGUUGUUAUUUUACGUACUUCACCUGUGACAUUUGUUUACGCAAUGUAGAUGAACAACUAGGCUUUCCAAUGAAUAAAGAAGGCAAAGCCCAGGCAAAAUAAUUUUGUUUAUAAAUUGUAAGGAUAAUGUUUGUCUCCUGCAACCAUCACUUUUAUGCUAUGUCCACAUGCACACAAGGCUUUCAAAAAAUCUCCUUAAAUGGCCUUCAAGAAAAAUGCCCCAGCAACAGGCGACCCAUAGCUUCAAAUUUGAAGGCAGUGAAAGUCCAUCCAACCAUACAUUUUCUAUGCCGCUUGUCCUCAUUAGGGUCUCGGAGGUAUGCUGGCUUGCAGCUGACUUUGAGUACACCAUAUACUGUAUGUGCCAGCCAAUCGCAGGGCACAUAUAGACAAACAACCAUUCACAGUCACGUUCAUACCAAUGAACCUAACAUGCAUAUUUUUGGAAUGUGGGGAGGUUUACCUGGAGAAAACACAAGAGAGAACACGCAAAGUCCACACAGAGGUCCCCAAACAGAGAUUCGAACCCGGAUCUCCCCGAUCUCCUGACUGUGUGGCCAACAUGCUAACCACUAACCACACCCUGAAGAAAGUUAUUUCUAGAAAAGGCACUCCGAAAAGAACAAUGGAAAAUCAAGAAAAAUAGGAAUAAUAUGUGUGAUUUUGUUGUGAAUCUGUUCCAAACAGUCUGUCUAAAACCCAAUCGUACUGAAACUGAAACAAUUUUACCCCUAGGAAACAUACAGAACAAUUAUAGUUUUAUACGCAAAAAACAAUCCAAAAUGAAUAUCACUUUUACACUGGUCGAAGACCUGUUGACAAAGACGAGGGAGGUUGGAGGGGCGAGAGAGCCACUUCCUACUUUGUUUUGAGUUCCUCCUUGAAUUCAACUGUGUUUUUCACCUCUUUUAUGAAAAUACUGGCACUAGCAACUUUAUUUGGCCCUAUGGUGGUUUAUUUCGCAGCCAUACUCAAUGCAGAAAGUGCAGACUUGUGGUGUAACUGUGUUAACAAAGAACUACACAGUCAGCUGGUGAUGACAUCAUAGAUGGGGCGAGGGAGCCGGUCUGCCAGUUGACAACAUGAUAUCGGGCAUGUUUGUGUAAUAAAGAUACGUUAUGAACACAGUUGGACUCAAGACUGAGUCACCAACACGUGAGAGUCCCUGGGCACUGAAGUCCGCCGAUAUGCGGGCAAACAGACUACUUUGUGCAGCAUUCUUAUUUGAGCUUGCCAAAAAGAAUGAGCCUUCAGGAUACUGUAGUAUUGUGCAA